GUCCAAGGAUUCUUACUAACCACACUCCAAUCGGGGUAUAUAAAGCACGCACGAAAUGUUUGGAAAUCAUCAGUUCACUUGCUAACGCAUCCACAGCAGCAUUUGCCUUUCUUCUCCAACGCAAACCACCCAAAACCAAAUCCAAUCAAAAUGUUCAAGAUUGUGUGCCUGUUCGCCAUCAUCGCCGUUGCUUCCGUCUCGGCCAAGGCUGACCCGAAGCCGGGCGUACUGGCCUAUGCUGCCGCGCCGGCCGCUUAUGUUGCUGCUGCCCCGGCCGCCUACGUCGCUGAGGGUGCCGCAGUGUACGAGCGUACCUUCCACGGAAACACUGCGCCGCUGGCUUACACUUAUGCCGCUCCCUAUGUGGCGGCUGCUCCGGUUGCAUACUCCUCGCCGUACGUUGCCGCCGCUCCGGCUCAGGUGCUGCUGAAUAGUCCUAGCCUGCAUCCUACUACCAAGUCGGGUGGGUGGUGUGUUAACGGGCUGGGUUUGCGAUUUUUAUCGCAUAUAAAAGUUGCUGCGAUCGUGGUAAGGAUCAUACAGCAACCAAGCCUCGAACAGUUCGCUUCUUCAGCACUCCGCUCAACAACAACAACACCCAAACUAAACCUCAAAAUGUUCACCAAACUGAUCUGCAUUGCCGCUCUGGCCAUCUCGUGCGCUUCGGCCAAACCAGGACUGUUGGCGCCGGUUGCUGCCCCGGUUGCUUAUGCCGCCGGACCUGCCGUCGUCACCGCCCAAAGCUCGCAGGUCGUGGCCCGCAACUACAAUGGUAUUGCUCCGCUGGCGUACACUGCACCGGCCGUCGCGUAUGCUGCCCCGGCCGUCGCUAAGGUAGCCGCUCCGCUUGCUUAUGCUGCACCGGCACCACUGGCCGCUGCUGCCUAUGCUGCUGCUCCGCUCGCCGCUCCGUACGUGGCCCCGUAUGCCGCUCCGUAUGCUGCCCCGUACGCUGCCGCUUAUGCUGCACCGUACGCUGCCGCGUAUGCUGCCCCGUACGCCAAGGCGUUCGCUAGCCCGCUGCUUGCCCGUGCUCCGUACCAGCUGUGGUAAACCGUCGGGCCGGCUGAUCGUGAUGGUGCAGUCAACAGUUCCUUACCGUGCAUGCCAGCAGUCUGGUGAACGUUUUUUUGUUGUUGAGUAAUACAAUAUAGUCAAAUGUUUUGAAACAA